AUGCAACUCGACACCAUGGGGACACAAACCGCCAGAGCGUCCCUAGUCAUUGCACUUUUGGCAUUUAUGUUCAUAUCACCAAAUGUUGCCCUUCCAGGCACGUCAAAGAGGCCUCAGAUAAGCACCCAGCAAGCCAUGCAUCUUCUGCACCGUUACGGCUACUUAAACCCUCCCAAACGAAUGAAUUUUGCUGAUCCUAUACCCGACUCCAAUCGGAUUCUCCAUAAUCACCCUGAUGAUCCAGACGCCAUGAUCGACUCCAACCGCCUAUACCACGAUGCCGUGCGAGCCUUUCAGACGCGAUAUUCCCUUCCAGUGACUGGGAAAUUGGACUCGGAGACGCUAGAGCUGCUUUCUGCAGCGAGGUGUGGAAACCCUGACAUCGACUUCACCAAGACACCCUCACCGCCAGGCAGACGAACGAAAUUUAGCCGACGCGAUCUCCGACGAAGUAAACGUUACUUAAUUGGUGACCCAAAAAUGCGCUGGGCAAAGAAGAAAAUAACUUGGCAGGUUCGAAGCUAUCCUACUCAUCACUUAAACAGGUCGCAAACUCACGCCGUUUUCCAGCACGCCUUCAAUAAAUGGUCGAGCGUGGCUGACUUGGACUUUGUCGAGGAGAAAGACUACUAUAAGGAUGCGGACAUCAUCAUAAAGUUUGGGUCCCGCCGUCAUGGAGACUCCAUUGCCUUCGACGGUCCAGGUGGUGUUCUUGCCCACGCCUUCUACCCCAUGCCGGAGCCGGUGUAUUCUCUCGCCGGAGAUGCGCAUUUCGAUGACGAGGAAAACUGGUCAGAUGGACCCCACAAGGAACACCGAGACCUGUUGUCGGUGGCAACCCAUGAACUGGGCCACAGCAUGGGCUUGGGUCACUCAUCCGUGCCCACGUCGGUCAUGUUCCCCUACUACUUAAGAAAGUGGAAACGGGUGGAGCUUGACCAGGACGAUAUCAACGGGAUGCAAAAGAUAUAUGGUGCGCCAAAACCCGGAAAGGUUUUACCCGCCAUCCCCGAUCUGCCUGAUAUUCCGUUGAUACCUGAGACUACAACAGUGGCACCCGACAUAACUACUCAGUUUGACUACUGCAACAUUAGCGUUGACGCAAUAAUCGAAGUUCGCGGACUGGAACUUUACAUUUUCAAAGGAGAGUAUCAGUGGAGAGUGACCUGGUCCAAGACCGUGUCCAAUUGGAUUUCAUAUCAGCUGAGAGAUGGACCGACCAAAAUAGCCUACUAUUGGAAUGUUCUGCCUCCAGAUGUAGACCAUAUUGAUGCUGCAAUUGAACGGAACGACUCAAUAAUUUACAUUUUCAAAGAUAACAGAUUCUGGUUGCUGGUGGACAACAAGCGUCUAGCGGGAGGCUGUCCACGAUCCGGCUUACCGUUGACGAAAUUGGGCCUGCCAGCAAACCUGAAAAAGGUGGACACAGUGUUCAAGUGGGACGUUAACAAGGAAUUCUACAUCUUCGCGGGAGAUGAAUAUUGGCUGCUGGAUCCACAAGCUCAACAUCCCAUCGGCAAGGUGGCUCCCUGGCCCGACUAUCCGCGACGGAUCAAAGAUACUUGGCGUGGUAUACCAACGCCUGUCACAACUGCUUAUACUACUCUUAACGGCGAAACUCUGUUUUUCGAUGGAUCGCGGUACUAUGUGUUCGACAAUACGGCUAUGCGAGCGCGGGACGGAUACCCGAAACAAGCAAAAUUAGGCAUAAUUGGCUGUCAGGAUACCUAG